AUGCUGCUUCUUCACCAGACGGGCGGAGUCAAAGUGGGCGAGGUUGUGCGCUAUACCGUCUCCUACACCCCGUCAAGGGACAGUGCCUUGCCGGCGCCCGACAAGUUCCACGUCCGCAUCCGCAACACAUCGGCCGCGACGCUGCGCGCUGCCGUUCUGGCCGGACCGUUCACCAUCUCGCCCAUGGUCAAGGCCGGGGCCCACUGGAACUGCGACCUGCGGGUUCCGGACGAGAUACGACAGGCGGCUACGGCGGCGACCGAUCCUUGUUCGGACGAGGGGCCAGGCUCGGAAGAGGCAACAGUCAGCUGGGUGAUUGAGAUUUCGUCCCAGAUCAUCUUCACCACGUCAGCCGUUGUUGGCUACGAGGUCAUGGUUGCGACCAAUCCCGAGUCGCUCAAGUCGAGCACCUCGUCCUCGAUGCUCCUGAACAGCAGUCCGCCGGCAUUGACGCUCAAGGUUGAGGAUACGGCAAUGUUGUGGAACUCGCCGUCCCUUCUGGGCAACAAGGAGCCGAAACCGCGCCAAGAGCAGCUUGGAGAUGAGGGCCACGUCGAGACAGGCGCUACCUCGUCUGAUGACUAUGACCCGCAUGCAAUACGCAAGGAUGAGUCGCGCAAGCAGAAAAAGGUCCACCUCGUCAUCAUAACGCACGGCUUACACAGUACCAUGGGGGCGGACAUGCUGUUCCUCAAGGAGAGCAUCGAUGACGACGACGACGACGACGACGAAGAGGUCAUUGUUCGAGGAUAUUCGGGAAAUGCGACCAAGACGCAGAGAGGCAUCAAGUUUCUCGGCAAACGGGUUGCCAAGUACGUCCUGUCCAUGACCUACCCGGACCAGCCAUAUCUCCCGACGGGCAAGGCUGUCCACGAGGGCUUCGCACAAGGCAUAGCCGGCGACCAUCACCCUCACCACCAUCGUGCACACAAAUACAUGCCCCACGAGUACCGCGGCCGGCAAAGGCGGUCGUACAAGAUCACGAGCAUCAGCUUCAUCGGACACUCGCUGGGCGGCCCGACGCAGACGUACGCCAUCGCCUACAUCCAGAAGCACUGCCCGAGCUUCUUCGACCUCAUCAAGCCGAGAAACUUCAUCACCCUCGCCUCCCCGCUGCUGGGCGUGAGCAACGAGAAUCCGUUCUAUGUCCGGUUCGCCCUCGAGUCCGGCUUCGUGGGGCGGAGCGGGCGAGACCUGGGGCUGAGCUGGGGACCGAUGACUGCCGCGCGCAGCGGAUGGGGUACCUUUGUCGGGUCAAAGACGGAGGCGUCGGCAAAGGCGUUUGGCAAUGUUCGACCGGAAACGAAGCCCUUGCUGCGGAUCCUGCCAACUGGGCCGGCCCACACGGCUCUCAAGAAGUUCCAAAACCGAACCGUAUAUGGAAACAUCGUCAACGACGGCAUUGUCCCGCUUCGCACGAGCAGUCUCCUCUUUCUGGACUGGCAGAACUACAUGGGAAUGGUUCCUUUGCCGUCGAAUCGUGAGAUGAUGGAGGGCGAGGGUCCAACGGCGUUUACUCCGGCGACGGCCUUGGUUGCCAAUGCUGCGUUGCCUUCACAUUCGGGCUACACCGCAAACGCACCCCUUGCGGGCUUCUUCAAGCUCUUCAAGGCCAACGCCAAAGACGCGCGUCAGGAGAAAUUCAUCUCGCGAAAGCACACGCAGAUGCUCAGCAGAGGGCAGACGUUCAAUCUCGAUGAAUUGCCAUCCAGGGACGGAUCUGGAGAGCUUAAUGGUCCAUCAGAAGGCGAAGAGCAGUUUCGAGUGCCGCCGACGACUUCAUUCUUUGAGGGAGUCGGAGACCUCCUCAACCCAGCCGUGGCGGAUGUCAACUUUCUCAUUAAUCCCAACAAGCGCCCCAAAACCAUCUUGCACGAUCGGGUGUACCUUCCAUCAGACAUACCGCCGGCGCCGGCGCAGAGACAAAACAACAUGCUCGUCGAGGAAAAGAUUGCGAGGAGCUACCACCGCGACAUGUCGUGGCGCAAGGUGCUCGUCAAGCUCGAGCCCGACGCACACAACAACAUCUCGGUCCGACGCAUGUUUGUCAAUUCUUACGGCUGGCCGGUCAUCAAGCACCUGGUAGACACGCACUUUAGCGACGCGGCCGUCACCGAGGCGGACCGCCAAGGGGCCAAUCUUGAAAACAGCGCCUCGGACGACACGAGCCGGAUGCUUGACGAGGACACGCUGGCGCAGCUUGAGGCGUUGCAAAAAACGCGGCGGCCUCGGAUUCAUCAGCCCGGAAACGUCGUUUUGCCCGAGAUGCAAUGCCAGGCAAGCUCGCCACACGCACCGAUGGAGCCUGAUGGGGUGACGUGGAAUGUGACGGAUUGGCUAGAUAGCGCGGACGAGAGCGACGAGGACGAGGGUAAGUUCAAGGCCACCCGCAGCAAUAGGAAGACGAACCGUUCGGACAAGGCGCAGACUUGGCACUCACCCAGCGUCAACACUAGGGGGGGUGUGAAGUCGACGAAGUGA